AUGGAGGCGAACAGACAAAUCCCGGUUCCUCGUUGCAAAGAAGAUGACGGCACGAUCGCUGGAACGGUAAGUGUAUUAGCCUGAGCUUCCGGACUCGUACAGGAACCCAUUAUCAGAGUGCAGCAACAAGUACACAGUGACCGCCACGAGUUAGAAGGCCUGGACCCAGCCCAGUCGCGGACAUUGCCCUCGUCUCCACCCCCUCUCAAUGUCUGACUACAACUGUUGUUGCACCCUUCAUGUUCUCUGAUGGUGGCCCCCUGUAUGAGACCGACAGAGCAGGCUAAUAAACCUACACUUCCUUUGUGUUCUUUGCAGGUGGAUGUGCCUGAAGCCCUCACAUUCAUAUCCAAGUCCAAUCUGAGAUCAAUUUUAGAGACGCCAUUUGGCAGACAAACAAAUGUUCUGCCUCCGGAGCUGCUGACAUGUCGGAUGCAGCUUGGCAACACUACUAGUCCGCGGUACUUGCAUAACUGUAAAAAAUCAUGAUUCUGACUUGAGAUACCGAAACACCCCCACGCCAAAAUGCAACAGGGAAAGGAAGUUGGAGAGUGUCUGAAGGAAGAUGAGAAAACACUAUGACCCAGCCAGUAAGAGGUCAGGUUUAUUAAUUAUGAGGCGUCACCACUUCUCGUCAUGUCGUUUUGUUAGCUGAAAUGGGGGUUGGAUCGCAGUUUGUAGUCAGGAAUGAGGAUGUGGACGGCGACCUUAACACUAUUCCUAACCUUAACCAUUUGACUUCCGUUUUACGUUUGAGGUAGUAUUAGGGUACCGGUUAAUGGUUUCCGAUUUUCGGGUUAGGGUUAGGCCUUUAGGCUUAGGUGUUCGGGUUGCGGUUAGGGUUUCAGUAUUUCGGUUAGGUUUUACAGUUAGGACUAUGACUAAGAGCUACUGUUACGUUUACGAUUUCGGUUAGGGUUAGGGCUAAGGUUAGGAUUAGGGUUAAGACCGCCGUCCGCUUCCCCAUUCCUGGCUACCAACUGCGAUCCAGCCGAAAUGGGAACAAAUAAAUCACUUUCGGUUAAACAAUACAGCCUGAUCAACCUGAUCAUGGUCCUAUGAACACUUCCAUUAUCUCUAUCGUAACCUUACAACAAGGGCAUAGUCACUGCCGUUCUACACGGGUUCACAGGGGCUGAUUCCGUCCAUUUCCGAGGACCCUGAACUGAGGCAGAAUAUCCAGGAAGAUUAGAACUCGUGAGGUGAUUUUCAAACAGGGCACAUAGUUAGCAUCGACUGUUAAUGUGAUCUUAUACCUAGAAGGAUCUUGAGCCGACUUCAGGAUGACUUGUUACCCAGGAGGUGCUACCGAUACUGACAGGGAAAGUGUGGAGGUCAUUUCUGGCUUAGUUAAUAGUUUUAUGCGACCGCAGGCAUGAACUAGAGGCAUUCCAAAACAAAAGGGGAAUGAUCACUUCGGUCCUGUAGCCGGGUCGCUGAACGUUACUUCCAUGUGACUGAGUACGUAAUUUUGAAGUCGGAUACGAUCCGAAUUUCCUAACGUUCCCUGAAGUCACGACGACAGCUUUACCUUAUCUACACUGCAUGGGUUUGUUCGGGUAUAUCUGACAACAGUAUGUUAUUGCCGACAAAGACAAGGGAGACUGGAAUGGCCAUUUCGGGCUUAGUAACCGUCGUCAGCCAGGCAUACCCAACCCCGAAGUGUAGAACACCCGAGGCUCGAACUCGCGGCCUGUUAGUUAGAAGUCCACGCCUAUAACCACUGGUCCACUAGCCCGUUGUCCUGUCGGUUUUCUGACAAACAGUCUGAUAACAGUCUGCAGACAAAUGGUUAACUUGGAUACUUUUCGGCAUUGCUCAAAAUACUACAAGACCCACUGGUAGGCAUGCUUAUGCAAAUAAUAAAUGUUCAUUACUUACAGAAACAAAAAAUUUCUGAUGCGUAGUCCCCAAAGCAUGCUGUCCCCUUCUGUCCCUUCAGUAGGUGCGGGCCAGGAAAUAAAUCGAUCGUGUUCAAGCCAGUGACCUUGGUGGCAGGCUGGCACGUGCACGGGAAGGAUCUGUAAUCGCUAAUGUAACAGUAUUGCCAGGCAGGGAUCGAUGUGGUAGCAGCAGGGAAAGUACAGCCAGGUACUAUUAGUGAUCCAUCGGGACGUGAGCGGCGUUAUCAAGUUCAUGCUUCCUGUCAAAGGCAUCAGACGGAAGACAUUAAUAACUCCAAAGCAGCUACCGGUCCAGUCGCCUCAUCUUUGUCUGUCUGCGUCUGUUUGCUUGGCUGCUGUGCGGUUUGGUCAGUGGCCGUUUGGUCUUGAGCCCUGUCAUCAGACGUCGGAAACUUGUUUGCUCUGGGAAGGAAAACAAGCUUGCAUCACAGGACAGUGACAACGUCCAAGAUGUUACCAGGGGGAGAGGGGUAGCUUCAGACCACCGGCCCGGUGAGUUUGCAUGUUUUAAGGCCAAUGUUGGUCAACGUCAUGGGGGUUGAAGUGGGCAUGAACAAGAUUUAAAAACUAGCACUUGCUCCCAGCGGGGGUCUGCCUCUCUGCAUUUGUCGUUCUCUUUUGAUCCGAGCGAGCGUCUAAACCGUUGUUUUUAGCAUCCCAAGUCUAUAUGGUCGGGCGUUCAGUAAUCAAUGGAAUGAGAUUUGCAGGGGAACUAUUUAGAAAGUGAAGUACAGUUUAAAAAUCGUACACGAAAUGACUGGGUCCAAGAAAGUGGCACAACUUCAAGACGACUGGUCCGCCGCGCAAAUCGCAUCAUAACGUAAUUAGCAUUCUGGUUUAACUGCCGGGUAAAGUAAGGCACUAUAAUGCUAUUUGAGAGCCUACAAAACGCCCGGUUGGGUCAGAAGCGGAGAAGAACAGAGGACCAUCAUGGUCACAACCUACUUGAACUUCGUGGCUGCUCAACACGGGAGGAAUAAUACGGUUGCCCGAAAAGACAUAGAUCCUCGAGCGGUGACCGAGCGCUUUGAGAGUGCUACGAACCAUCAAUCUUGCCACUAGAGCCCUCAUCUGUUCUGGCCGACUCCUCUUCGGAUUUUCUAAAAAGGACCGAACAUUCCAGACUGCCAAAGUGGGGGGUGGGACGGGGCGGAGCGGGAGAAUGCGGUCGUGGGUUUUUGUUUCUCCAAUUGUUUCGUCCACAAGUUAUCCAUCUGGGAGCCGCGGUCUGCGUACAGAUGGCAUGAUCGCAGUAUUUUAGGGUACUUUUUCUAGCCCCUUCCCCACCAGGAGGCAAGCAGUGCUGUCCAUAAAUAUGGCCGCUUAGACAUUCCAGACGGCCUCCGAACUGCACUAUGAGUCACGGCUUGAGUUAGUGAAAUAGCGACCUGAUUUAGCCUGGAUCGCCUACGGUGGGUGCAUGUCGCCCUCUUCGUAUGACCUUUUGACGUGGGGAGAGGGAGGGGAGAUGAGAAGGGAAGCAGAGUUCCCGGGUGUGAGGACACAAACAGCACCGGAUACCCUCACCCAGUUUAGCUCGCCGGUCGAGGCGGUUACCGGAGUGUGGUCGCAAGGCCGAACAUAAAUUUAAGGAGCCACAGGUAAGAGUUGAGUUGAUUUAAUGGGCAAUAGGCGUAGUCACCAACCGCACGAGGCAAAUGAUGUGACAUCCUACAACCUUCGCUUAGAAUCCAUAACUGGACACCCAUUAUCUCCCAACCUAAGAAAAGGCGAUCAACAACAACAGCCUGCUUUGUCACAAAAAAGGGAUAGCUGGGCAAUUGAAGACGACCUCUCACCAGUGUGUAUUCGUGUCGAUCAACGUUAGAAAAUGAUAAUAGGCAGCCCUUCACAAGACAGACGAGUUUCGGUUUGCAUGCAUCGGGUAUUGAGAAGGUGGUCGUCGGUCCGGUAGACGAUGUUGAUCCCAGGGCGCUUGUCACUGCAGGAGUCCAUUGGCAUGGCAAAGAACACGAGACUGAAGAGGGCGGGAGAGAGUACGCAGCCCUGCUGCACUUCCUUGGUCACUUGGAAUGCUUUUGAGACGGUCCCAUUGUUCGUGACGUGCACCAUCAUCCCGUCGUGGAUUUGAUUCAUUAUGUGCGUGAAUCAGUUCUGUAUGAUCUUCCAGAGUUCAUCGUGAUUCACCUUGUCGAAGACUUUCCUGAAGUCCACGAAGUUAGUGUAGAGAUGUGUCCGCAUCUCCUGACGCUUCACGUGUAGCUGGCGGGCGGCGAAGAUCAAGUCGGUGGUUUCGCAGUGGUGUCGGAAUCUACACUGACCUUCCGGUGGAAGUUCCUGUAUGAGAUGCUGGUUGAGACGUCUGAGAAGAAGGCGAGCGAAGAUUUUUCCACUAAUGUUGAGCAGCGAAAUUCCUCUGCUGUUAUUACAGAUUUGUCGAGUCCUUUUACGGAUAAAGAAAUGGACGAUACUCGCGUUAUCGAGAUCCUGGGGAACGUGACCUUGCCACCACAUCUCCUGAAACAUCAUUGUAGGCAACCCACCCCCUUGCGUGAAAUCCCGGUUUGUUGUGGGGGCUAGGUCGUGUGUGUGUGUGUGUGUGUGUGUGUGUGUGUGUGUGUGGCACGCGCGGAUGGACUGUUCUCACCUUUGCCAGUCGCCUCUCCGAUUCUCAGCAUCAGUUGAUUGGCCGGCUCGGACAAUGGACUGAUGUCUGGGAGUGGAAAGAGAGAAUGAGGUCGGCGGUCUCAGCCUAUAUUCAUCACUAUAAACAAUCUGACGCGCAUGAAUCUAUCACGGUGCGCUAGAAGCCGUGACUUGUAAUUUCGCCAACUGACGGGAUAACUCGGACCUCACAGCCAGCCCAGUGUGUGUCUGCGUAAAAUGAGCGACUGAUGGCUGAGAGUUAGGCUGCAAUGGCUCCUUCUUAGUGUGGCCUUUACGGCACUCUCACUUAAUGGGAUCCGAGCCAUUUCUCCUUUUUGCUGACGUGUAAAAUCCUGGUUCGUGUCAGUUGUGGACCAGAGGGUGUAAUGGCACGCCUGGGUGCAGGUUCUUGUCGUGCCGGCCACCAGCACUUUCCCCCGCCUCCGGUCUUCUUGACUCUGUCAUGGCACGGGGUUCGGGUGGGAGUAGAAGAGAGAGUGCGAUAGAUGCCUUGAAAGUUGCCGAGGAUGUCAACCGUGUGCUCCACAGCAGGAGGAGAGAAGGCGCAAUGACUUGUGUGUGAAUUAGUUUUCACCGCGAAGUAUUUUGUCUCUUGCUUACAGUUUUCAUACGGCGCUGCUAUUGGCCACUGCGAGUCUUCUAUCCCAAUUCGGAAUCUGCGUGGUGUUCGUAACCCUUCAGAAUACAGCUUGCUUCAUGUAAUUGUUCAGCUACUCUUCUUUCCAACUUUCCUUACGUACUGUUUUCAUGACGUUAUUAUAACCAAUUAGGAGUUCAAAGGCGUUCUCCAACCCUCCCCUUAAUAAAACUAAACUGAAUGAACCGUGUGAAGGCUGCCGUCGGCUUGCGUUGUCAUUUGAAGAUUCCAAAAAAAACAGUUGGUUGUUUGCUUGCACUUUUACUGUCUAUUUUAUUUUGGGAAAAAUGAACUUGAGAAGGCUGCCAGUGCCUGUUCAAAUAAGUAACGCUAACAUGAUUUGACCUGCAUUUAUCAGCUACGGUCCUCAGUUCAAGUCAGUUUUAAGUGAGGACGGAAAGCACCAGGAUGGGGGAGAAGGUGCGUGCAGAGACCUGGGCUGCUGUCUAAAGCGGCAGUGGCCGCUAGCGAGGCCAACUGAUGAGUGAGUGAGUGUGUGUGUAUGUGUCUGACCUCUAAACGGGCCACGUGUUAGAUGCGCUGGGCCAACACAGGGGCAACAUCGGACGCUGGCAGGCGUUAUCUGUGCGCACUAACAAAUGCCAACAUAUGCGGGGUGCGCUGGCGGACCCAGUUGUCGGCAUUCGUCGCUCAACUGGACCACUGCCGCCACCCCAUUGUUUGGUGGUCAAAAUCCUGGUCAUUUGUGUGUGGACCAGGGGGUGCGGAGUGGAGCGCCAAGGCGAGGAUCCGUCCGAGCUAUCCACCUGCGGCCUCCCUCGUCUCCGGUCCUCUUGACUCUGUCUUGACACCGGGCUCAGGCGGGGGAGGAGGAGAGAGUGUAGGUAGAUGCUACGCAAGUCUACUGGCACUAUAAACCCCUGCGUAAGUCACCGUCCCUGCUCCCACCGCUGCUGCAGCUGUGGGGCACACGGUGGACAUCGUCGAAAUCGACGGCCGAACUGUCGUGUGUGUGUGUGUGUGUGUGACCCCCAAACGGGCCACGUGUUAGACGCGGUGGACCAGCCCGGGGGCCACCUGGCAGGCGUUAUCUUGCGCAAUAACAGAGGCCAACAUCUAGGGGGUGCGCUGGCAGUCCCUGUUGUCCACAGUCGUCGCACAAACUGGAACCACCACCGUACUCCCAUUGUUUUGUCGGUCAGAAUCCUGACCAUUCUCUGUGUGGACCAGCGGGCGCGGAGUUGAGCGCCAAGGUGUGGAUCCGUCCAAGCCAUCCGCAUGCAACUUCCCUCAUCUCCGGUCUUCUUGACUCUGUCUUGACACGGGGCUCAGAUGGUGGUGGUGGUGGUGGUGGAGGAGGAGAAGAAGAAGAAGAAGAAGAAGAAGAAGAAGAAGAAGAGAUGCAGCGCAAGUCUACUGACACUAUAAACCCCUGCGCAAGUCACCGUCCCUGCUCUCACCAUGCUGUGGAGCAUACGAUGGACAUCGUUGGAUGCAGCGGUCGAACUGUUGUACGUGUGUGUGUUUUUGUGUGUAGUCGUGCCUGUAUAUGAGAGGAUGGGCGUAUACGACCGCUCUGUAACUGCGCUUGGCCAAAACGGGAGUCAGACUGGUUCACGGCACGCGUUUUUCGGGCAGCGCUGAGUCCGCGCAAGUCCACAACUACUGUCGUCGCUCUAAUCUUAUCUGAUCGGUGGACUGAAAUAGAACUUCUGGAUGAGAAAGCCGCCCAACGUUCUCUGGCAGCUGCGAUCCGGCUCCGAACUACCCUGGACCGACUGCUUAAAAGGAAGCUGGCUGCGAAGUCUCCUCACUCGGCAGUUCCUAUCGGAGCCUUGCUCAGUUGUUGUUAUUAUCUUACGCACUGGAAAACUGCGGUAAGUUGAUAGUCAAGAUAUAUUUGAAACCCAGGCUCGCUUACUUCAAGCCAUGUUUUCUCACUGCACACCUUAAUCCGUCGUCAGCGGCCGCCUUCUGCGUCCUACCAGCCAUGCUACGUUACGGACCCUACAUUAGGUCUUGUUUGGCCCGGGCACAGUGAGUUCCCUUGGAUCGCAGUUCUGUCCUAUCCGUAUGCAUUCCUUUGAGAAAUGCUUGUGCUCAUAGUUACGGGUGUGAUAUUCACAUGUGGCUCCUCGAAGCCAGGCUCUGCCUAGCGUCGGCUGGUGAGGUAGAGCAGAUGAGGAUAUCCGGCUGUGUCCCCACACGCGGUAACUCUGCUCCCCUUCCUCUCCCCCUUCCACUCCCACUUGCUCACCUCACCUUCUGCCCCCUUUCCCCCACUCUCUCCCCCCUCUCUAUUCCACUCUCUUCCUCCACGGUCAACAAGUCCUACGGUGAAGACGUCAUGCAAUCACGCAAGCGGCCCAGGCCAAUCGGGUCGUUCUCUCUAAACCAAUACGUGACUCAUAGUGGGGAGUGGCAGCCGUCUGGGGCGACUUUGUAGCCCUAUUGAUGGACAGCACUGCUUAUCCCCCAACAGGGGGAGGGGGCCGUCCAACCGAUGCGAACGAAGCGGCCUUCUCUCAGUUGCCGCCUCGCUUAGCAAUGGUUGCGAGAAUUGCAGGACGCCUGGAUGGUUCGCAAGGUCGAGGACAUCCAGGGGUGUGUCAACCGCAACGAAUCAAAAAACUUCUUCUCUGCGAUCAAGGCGAUCUACGCCCCUCCAACCAAAGGGACUGCAACGUUUCUCAGCUCCGAUGGAUCAGCGCUUUUGGCGGAGAAGUCGCAGAUUUUGAAGCGUUGGGCCGAGCACUUCAGAAGCGUCUUCAAGUGUCCCUCGUCUAUCUCCGACGCCGUCAUCGACCGAUUCCGCCAAGUAGAAAUUAAAUUUGGCCUGGGUCUUCCGCCCCCGCCCCUCCCCCAGAAACAUUCCACACCGACUAACAACUCUCGAUGGGAAAGCACCAAGCUCCGCCGCAGUCCCAGCCGAAAUCUACAAGCACAGCGGUCACCGACUGAUGGACGAACUAACGACGCUACUUUAGGAGAUGUAGCGUCGUGA